UUAAUCCGUCAUUAAUCAUUCCUUAUUUUCCUUAAUCACUCUUCUUUUCCCUUUUUUUUUGGGUUUCUCCCCCAAAACCCAAAUCAAUCUUUGUGGUAAAUCAGAUUCUUAAUUCCCUUUUCUUUUCUUCUUCCUUCGCCUGAUUCGCCGUCGGUUCUGAAUCAUGGAGGCGACUCAGGGACACGAUCACGGCGGUUGCCACCGUCCGGUGACUUCUCCGACGGCGUCGACUGUAUCGGCGUCUCAGGCGCCGGUGGGGAGCUCUUUUGGUCAUGAACUGUUCUCAAACUCGAUUGAUUACUACGGUCCGUAUGCAGGGGCUUCUGUCUUUUCCCCUUUCUCCGAUUUACAGACUUUGGAAUUCGGAUUUUCCCAACUGGGUUUAUCCGAUUCCUACGCUCAAUAUCAUCAUCCGCCGCCGCUAUGGAACGGUGGCCGAUCGAAUCAGGGUUUUGUCGACAUAGAGACGAUCGACCUCGGUGGCUACUUGGUUUCCCCGAUUUCUCAGCCUGAAGCCGAGCGUGAACAGAUCAAUCAGUUGCAGAGACUCCGUUUCCAGAACGAUUGCGUUAAUGGGUCUCUCGGGUUUGAUGAUUCUAGCCAUAGAAGUAGUCUCAUAGGUCAUGACCAGAUGCUUAGCCAUGGCUUCCACAGUGGUAAUCUAGGAGAAGUUCCUUUUCUUACAAGAAAUAGUGUGGAUGGUUCCAUGUUUAGGAGCCAUAACUUGAGGAGAAACAAAGUCGACUCUCUGCUGGAGAAUUCGUCGAGCAUGACAGUGAUGAUGGCUAUGAAUCGAAUGUCGUACCAUCAGUUGCGUAAUGCUGUCGUGGAGGGAUCAAGGCAGAGGUUUGAUAGGGUCUUCAGCAAUGUCAUCUUUCGUAUUGGUGAGCUGAUGGUGGACCCUUUUGCUCAUCACGUUGUUCAGAAGCUUAUAGAGAGAUGCAACGAUGAACAGAUCACUCAGAUUCUAGUUGUGAUCACUUCAAACCCUUUUCAGCUUGUUGAUAUUUGCAAUGAAUCUCACGGGACUCGCACGGUAAAAGUUCUGCUGAGAUGUCUAAGGUCUGCCGAGCAAAAAUCCAUCUUCAUGUCGGCCCUUAGCCUCGUAGCACUUCCACUGAUCAAGAACACCAAUGGUGGCCAUGUGAUUCUCUACUGCUUAAGCCAUUUCUCUCCUCUAUUCAACAUGAGUCUUCUCGAAGUGGUGGCUCAGCAUUGCUAUCAAAUCGCGAUUGAUCAACACGGUUGCUGUACGCUUCAGCAUUGCAUUACACACUCGACCGGCGAGCUGAAGCAACGUUUGAUCAGCGAGAUUAUCGUCAAUGCCCCGAGGCUUGCCAAUCACUGCUACGGGAACUAUCUGGUGCAGUACGUGUUGCUGCAAGUAAACGACCAAAGGGCGACUUCCGAUCUUCUGAGACAGCUCGAAGGAAACUACGCGGAUCUGUCUCGAGACAAGUACGGAAGCCACGUUGUCCAGACGUUCUUGAGGCAUUUAAGGGAAGAAGAUUCUAGAAGAAUCGUGUUCGAGCUCCUUAGAGAUCUCAGUAUGCUUCUCAUCGACCCGUAUGGAAAUUACGUCGUUCAGACCGCACUGGUUAUAUCCAAGGAGGAUUUGCGAGAGUUAUUGACAGCUUGUAUCAGAAGGAACGACCAGCUGAUGAGGUGCAACAGGUACGGUAGGAAAGUACUCGAGAAGCUCCAUUGCUUGUGAUCAUCAUGUUUCUAUUACAGAUCCAUAAGAGCGUAGUUUGGUCGGAAGGUGAUGAGCUUUUUUUUCUGUUCAUUGUUAUCAAUAUCAUUUUGAUUUUUUUUUGUAUGAUACUUGUGUUGUUGUUGUUGUUGAUGAUGUUGAAAUAUCAGUCCGUGACGUUUGUUUAGGUUAUUUUGGUUUUGGAUUGUU